AUGUGUUUAAGAAGUUUAUCAGUUUACGUUUACUCGGUGCUGUUGACUUUUUGCAUAGCAGCAGACUGCGGCCCAAGAUUAAAAUAUGCCUGGGGAGAUGCUCUCCAAAGCAAUGACUGCCCAGGACCCGAUGGCACUCCUUAUCCAAAGCACUUAGUAAAUAGAGCGUUGAAGACGGGGCCCUGGGGUCAGACCAGGCAGGCGCGGAGCACGAAUACCCUGGACCCCACCCUCAUGAGGCGGGCGCUCCUGCAAGCACACGAAGGAUACGCGGAGGGUAGAACGAGACCAGACAACAGAACUGGUCGAGGCAUGAACCUGGGGGCGUCUCCUACUGGUGCGUGCGGCGGCGCGCGACUGUGUCGCUCGCGGUACAACACCACAGCGCCCAUGUACGGCGUGUCCCUCACUUCAGGGCAGCCAGUCACCAUCGUGCAGAAGUUUCCUGAUCUACUGCAGCAGGUCGUCUUCGAAGUGUGCGAGUCCAGUGAAUGUUCACUCGUUCGAGGAUCUUGCACACAGACGUACAUACCCUACUUAUUCCUGGUUCUCCCUCUAGGACCAGUCACCCUUACAGGUCAAGACUAUGUUCUGGUGGAAUCAGGCUGCGUCUGCCGACCUGACCCUUUGUCAUAG